CAAACAGUUAUGUGACCUUAUAUGACCUUGUACGACUUUCCGCUUUCUAUCCACCAUCUAUCCACCAUGGCUAUCUCCUUCUAUUUAGUUCUUUAUUUUCAUCAACUGAUUUUGCUUUCCCUCAUUCUCUCUAUCUUCCGUCCCAACGACAUCCGCAUCCACUGAUACUCUAUCUUCGGUGUCUUUACAAUGUUCACCAAGAAGAAGUAUACCUUCGCCUCUCAACAGAUAAUCAGUCGAGUGAAUCGGGCGUUCAACAAGUCCAGUGCCGAUUCCAUUUCCUUCGACAGCCCUGUUGAUUCAUCACCACCCGGCACUCAAGCUUUGCCUUUCGCUCCCAAAUUCUUCCUCUCUCUUUACACCUCUGAGGGCCCGUCUACACAAGAAAUCGCUCUUUUUACCCGCCUUUACCCAGUGCACCGACAGAUCCUUGAAGAAUACGCUGUUCUCCAACCUAUCACAGCCCUCUGUCUCUCCAGAGCCUCGUAUGCUGUCUGCCUUCCCGUAGUGCUUAGGACGAUCACAGCAUGCCACGAUCGGCUUUCUCGCUUUGCCUUGAAGCCUGACCUGUCGAAUCUCAGGGCGAGUCUAUCUGUUGGAGGGCUAUUAUACGCAGAGCAUCUGGCCAUUGACUGCUUUUCGGCCUUGGGGCAACUCAUAAACCACAAGAGGGAGUUCUACCUGAGGGGCGAGAUUGGUCCCAAGCCUUUCGCAAGGAUUCGAUGGGUAGAGAUGUCCCUCAAAGCUUCGGGGUGUUGCAGUAUCUGGAUGCCUUCUUCGGAGCCAGUGAGUUGUCGGUUCUGGUUCCGCUUACUCUGCGAACUAGUCCAGUCAGUAGAAGGAGGAUUGGAGGGACUUGUUGUUCAUCUCCAAGGCAAGGAGGUUCGGCAGGAGUUCUUUGAACACACCCAGCUUCUUCUUGACGCCCUCCAGCCCCGGACGGCAAUCAUCAAGCUCUCAAAGGACGACUGGCCCCGCUCUGCCAACUACAUUAAUCUCGGACCUUGGCCGAAAGGCCGUCGACUUAUAAUUGAGUUCCUGCCCGCCCCGGACCAAGAUAGCUACACAAGCCACAGUGCCAACUGUGUGCGCUCGUCCCAAUGUCUGGUCUUGGCGGAGAUCAUACCGAUGCAUGUGAUGGAACUGGCGAAAGGAUACGGGCAAUGGAGGAAGGUGUGGGAAGACGGGUUUAUGGUGGAGUAUCGGACUCCGCAGGCGGAGAGGAUAAGGAGUACGGUUGGGAAAUGGCCCUACAGGAAGAUGUCAGAGGGAGAGGUGGAAGACGUCGAGCAGUUCGCGUACGAGCACUGUAACUUCAUCGAGAUUCCGGCUUAAGGUUGAAGAAAAGUGGUGGAGCUGGUAUGAGUAGCAAGUCAUUGGAAGCAUGUGGAGAUGCGGUGAGCUGAUGAAAAAGUGUACUGGAUCUUUUCAUGAUGG